AUGGGAAUGAAUGCUGAUAAAAUAACCGCUAUUCAUGCUGCACUCCACCUGAUAUUCCAUCGCAAUAAAAACCAACAUCGAGGGACGAAGUGGUGGAAGUGGCUGUCAAUACUGAAACGAACAACUCUGAAGCUCGUGACUUAUCUUACUCGCCUGCCGCCGGAUACCGAUGCCAAACUUCUUAAUGAUAAACACAGUCAACAUUUGGCAUCAUAUAUUCUACCAAGAUGUUACCUAGCAUUCUCCAUGGUCGUUGCUGAUGGGCAGUUCUCUACUUUGGGAAUAGUUCUACUGGCUACGCUAGCUAGACUUGCAAAAGCAGUAGGGUUUGAUAAAGAACUGAGGAUACCACUCCAAGAAUCAAUGGCUUCUAUCGACACUGCCUUUGGUGCUGAGAUCCGGGAGAAUGAAGACGUGGGAGAAGUCCUACCUCGACCCCAGGAUCCCCUAGCGGCUAUGACGCCCUCCACAGAGAAACACUCAAUUGACUUAGGUCAUCCGAUUCGUCAGGAGAGGGCUUCUAAGAAAUCAGGGGGUGUUGCAGGCCUGUACAUGGCAAAGCAUAAGAAGAAAAAGAGGAGAAAGGACGCCAUCGAUGACCUCUUCGACAGCCUGCUAUAG